GUUUCCGUUGGGAUUAUAGCUUGAUACAGUAUACCGAAAUCUGUUGCAUUUUAUAUUUGGAUGUGGGAAAUUAAAGAUCCAGGAGCGGGGCGCAUGCGGGAAGCCAGGAUGAACGUGGACACUUUGAGCAAGGCAGAGCUGCUGACCCUGCUCAGCAUACUGGAGGGAGAGCUGGAGGCGCGGGACCUGGUGAUCGAGGCCCUGAAGGCCCAGCGGAGAGAUGCCUUCGUGCAGGAGCGGUACGGGAGGUACAACCUGAGCGACCCCUUCCUGGCCCUGCAGCGGGACAGCGAGGCGGUGAAGGGGCGGGGCCCGGCGGGCCAGACCGGCCCCACCUCCCCAGCCUGCCCCAGCCCCCUGGCCGUGCUUAAGCUGGUCAUGUCCCACUGCAAGAGGAUGCAGGAGAAGAUGCUGGCCCAGCUGGCCGCUGCAGAGAUCAGGCACAGAAAGGUCAUUGCGGACCUGGAGGAGGAGAAGCGCCGGCACGCCCAGGACACGGCAGAGGGUGAUGACGUCACCUACAUGCUGGAGAAGGAGAGGGAGCGGCUCUUGCAGCAGCUGGACUUUGAGAGGGCUCAGGUGAAGCGGCUGGAGAAGGAGCAGAAGCGUUUAUCAGCCCAGGCAGAGGAGAGCCGCGUCCAGCACAAGCAGCUGUCCUCCGCCCUGGCCAAGGAGCGCCAGCGAGUCGCCGCCCGCGCGCAGGAGGAGGGCCAGCGGGCGGCGGAGCUGAGCCGCAGGCUGGAGGAGGAGCGGGCCGCCACCGAGGGGCUGCGGGCGGAGCUGGAGGCGGAGCGGAGGCAGGCGCUGCGGGCGGAGGCGCGGGCAGAGGAGCAACUGGCUGAAUUCGACACGGAGAGGGAGCAGCUACGGGCGUGGCUGAGGAGGGAGGAGGCGCGCUGCCAGGAGCUGCAGAGGGAGCUGGAGGAGCUGAGGAAGGAGCUGGCCGGGCUGGGGGGAGGAGCCAAGAGGGAGGUGUCCGUCAAGGAGUCAGUCAGCACCCAGACUGAAUGCAGUGAAAAUUCAGCAGCUGACGAAUCCACUGCGCCAAAAUUAAACGGCCAUCACAUUCAGAAGGAGGCGGAGACACGCUGCCAGGAGAACGGGUACGAGAACGGGGCCAUGCACCCCCCUGUCCAACCCCAGCAGAGCCCAUCCCCUGGCCAACCUGCUUCCCCCUCCCUUGGCUCCUCCCCCUGCUCCUCUCCUCUAUUGGCGAGGCGUCUGAUGGGUGUGGCUGCCUCAAGCCCCUCCUACCAGGCAAGCUACCAGGCAGGGGUCAACCACCGCUUCCACGCUGCACGCCAUAAGUUUCAGGGCCAGACAGAGCAGGACCAGCAGGGCGGCGCCACCACGCCUCGCUCCCCCCGGGACCUGUCCCCCUCCCCCACCGCCCCCGCUGAGCCGAGCUCGGUGAAGCAGCUGGCCCGCAAUACCGUCACCCAGGUGCUGUCCCGAUUCACCAGCCAGCAGGGCGGUGCCAAGCCACCUGCUACCAACAGCUCCCCCUUCGGUACAGACUACCGCAGUCUGGCCUCCGGUCUGGCUUCCCCCACCACCACCCGAGCCUCCGGGCCCCUCUCUCCAGGAGUCAGAUCCCCCACCAUCCCACGUGCAGAGAGGGGCCACCCGCCCCCCAUCCCUCCCAAGAAGCCAGGCCUAGCUCAGGCCCCACCAUCCCCCGUCCCUACGGCCCGAGCCAGCCACUUCCCCGAGCUGUCUGGCAGCUGCGGUCUCACCAGCACCCAGGAAGGCGCUAAAGAGCUGGACCUGGUCAUGUCCUCCACCAGCUAACCUGCGCACCAGCGCCCCCUACCCUUUCCUUUGUCACGUUGGACCCUGAAGUCCCUGUAGUCAAAGACUCUGCAAUCUGAAACACUGUCAAGUUUAUUUAUUUGAGGUUUGAUCUUUAUUCUGAUGCGAGAUCAGUCUGUGCAAGUAUACAUGUAUUUUGUAACUAUCAUGACUGUUGAUAAUUCACUGUGUCACGCAGUGAGAUUCUGGGCCCUGAGACUGUGAUGCAGUAUAUAAUGGUUGUAAUUCAGGGAUCUGAACACAAGGAAUGAAGUGCCUUCCUUCUCGCAGCCCAGAGGAGAGCAGCAUGUCAGACUGUGUCUCAUCCUCUCACCCUCUUGACCAAAACUAGAUAUGGCACCCUGCAAAAGCAAUUGGUGAAUUCUGAGUAAAUAUCAGAAUUCUGCCCUUGAAGCCUAAAGCAAUAAACACCAUCUGAGUGGGGGUGCAGUGUUUGAAAUGCAGUGUAAUUAUUGAGGGCCACAAGCAAGUCAAUACCCUGGUAGUGUGAGGAAUUAUUGCAGCCCUGGAGGUAGCUUACUCCUGUCCUGCAAAUUCCUCUGUACAUUGCAAUAAACAAUGAAUACUCCACCAUCUGAGGGUUGAGUUCAACGAAGUGUUAGAGCAUUUUUCAGAGGUGAUGGGAUAUGAAGUUCAGAGCCAUUUCCAGACGAUACAUCAAUUAUAACUGAACUUCACCUCCCAUCAGCACCUGUGUGAAACGUCACGUGAGGAUGUGUCUGUUGGUGCCACCCCUGAUGCGUGGCAGUUUCUCUGUCUGCAGCUGGUUAUUCCCAGUGCUUUCUUCCCCCAGUUCUGUUAGAUAUUGGUUGCUAACUCCAAAGGGUGUUUCUGUCUCACCUGAGAGGAGAGAGAAUACUACAGAGCCCCUAACAUUCUACCCCACCAUUUAUGUUUCACAUUUUUCAGUCUUUCAUUGGUAUGAUUUUUCCCUGGCAAUAUAAAAACGGUAACUAAUCAAAAGGGUACUGUACUUCCUGGACAGUUUGACUCUGUUCUUCAUAAAUGAUGCCCAGGAAAGCUGUAACCACUUUGCUGCAACCCCAGAUGAACCCAGAGAUUUUUAAACAGACAUGAUGGCAGGAUCUCUAGACAGUGAAUAAGGGGUAGUGUGCCCCCUACUGGCUGACCACAUUACCCUUCCUGCUCUGGACUUUUCCCCUCAAGCAUUACUGAAAUGUU